AUGCACACUGAGGCCUCCCACAGGGACGAGGACCUGCAGCUGCAGCUGUCUCUGCGCCUGGGCCAGCAGGAGCACGAGAAGGUGCUCCCUGUCCCGCCGAUGGUGGACCACAGCCCCUGUACCAUUGGCCAUGGGGGAGCCAUCACCCCGCCAGGACCUCACCUCCUGCAGAAGGCACAGAAAGACAGCAGCAGCACCGGCAGCCCAGCCGGCUCCGCCCACUACCUUCUCGUGCUCCUGCCGGCCCAGGCGGAGAGCCAGCUGCAGCUGCAGGUCCUCGUCCCUGUGGGAGUCAGCAGGGUGGGCAUGGCCUUCUCCCUGCCUGCAUCUGAAAUGCAGUUUGAAGAUCAGGAAGACGAUCUUUUGCUUCUGAAUCCUCUGAGAGUUCCUCAGGCCCUCCUGUGUUUGGCCCAGCUGCUUCCUGCCUGGUCUUCCUGGAUCCACAGAGCGGGGCUGCGUGGCCUCACCUUCUCUGCCUCCUCACGGCUCAUGGCUAGGGCCAGCUGCAGCUGCAAUUCCUCUGAGAGAGAAGAGAGAAAGGAGGAGGAGAAGCUAAAAACCAGCCAGUCCUCCAUCCUGGACUUGGCUGACAUCUUCGGACCUGCCCUGGCCCCGCCCUCCACACACUGCUCUGCUGACCCAUGGGACAUCCCAGGUUUUAGGCCGAACACAGAGGCCAGUGGCUCCUCCUGGGGGCCUUCUGCAGACCCCUGGUCUCCGAUCCCCUCAGGAACCGUCCUGUCCCGGAGCCAGCCCUGGGAUCUGACUCCCAUGCUCUCCUCCUCUGAGCCCUGGGGCAGGACCCCAGUGCUGCCUGCUGGGCCCCCCACCACAGACCCGGGGGCACCGAACUCCCCCCACCACAAACUCCCCAGCACUGGGGCUGACCCUUGGGGAGCCUCCCUGGAGACCUCCGACACACCUGGUGGUGCCUCCGCCUUUGACCCAUUUGCCAAACCUCCAGAAUCCACAGAGACCAAGGAGGGGCUGGAGCAGGCCCUGCCCUCUGGGAAGCCCAGCAGCCCUGCGGAGCCGGACCUGUUUGGAGACCCCAGUCCCAGUUCCAAGCAAAAUGGCACGAAGGAGCCUGCCCUGGACCUGGGUAUACUAGGGGAAGCACUAACUCAGCCAAGCAAAGAGGCCCGAGCUUGCCGGACUCCCGAGUCCUUCCUGGGCCCCUCGGCUUCUUCCUUGGUCAACCUUGACUCGUCGGUCAAGGCACCCCAGACUGCAAAAACCCGGAACCCCUUCCUGACAGGUCUCAGCGCUCCGUCCCCCACCAACCCGUUUGGCGCGGGCGAGCCGGGCAGGCCGACGCUAAACCAGAUGCGCACCGGGUCGCCGGCGCUGGGCCUGGCAGGCGGGCCUGUGGGGGCGCCCCUGGGCUCCAUGACCUACAGCGCCUCUCUGCCCCUCCCGCUCAGCAGCGUGCCAGCCGGCUUGACCCUCCCCGCCUCGGUUAGCGUCUUACCGCAGGCCGGAGCCUUCGCACCGCCCCCCGCUGGCCUGCCGCAGCCGCUGCUGCCCACGCCGAGCUCAGCCGGGCCGCGGCCCCCGCCGCCGCAGACCGGCACCAACCCCUUCCUCUGAGCCCCGCCCCGUCCCAGGCCGGCCUGCGCCUGCGCGAGGCGCCCCGCGGCCCCGGUCUGCGCCUGCGCCGGGCGCCCCUGGGCCCCGCCUCCGGACCCGGGGCUGGACGGGGCGCCGGUGCUAGUGGAUCGCUGAGCCAGUGGCGGCUGGGAUCCCGCGGCGGCUCCGGAAGCUGGACGCGGACCACAGCCCGGGAGCUAGAAACUGAACGCCCGGAUAAUAAAGACUGGAACCCUCGUUCUCAGCUCUCACCAAGUGGACUUUUUGCGGGGUGUGGCGGCCGGCUCUCGACCACAGCGUGGAUCACCGGCUGUCUAGGAAACUGCAGCUGCACAACGUGGGGUGCAAAACUGCCCCGCUUCCUUUACAGCUCCUCUCAACCCUCACCUCCAUCCCCCGUCACCCAGGCACCUUCGCUUCCAGACGCUCCCAGGCUGUCACUCAGUUCGGUCAUUUCAUUCAUUUAUCGCACAGUCGCACUGGGGUUGAGCUAACAGCAAGAAACAAUAGGCCUUUGUUCCUAUUUAUUAGGUACUGCUUAUGUGCUAAGCAGAUCAGUUUAUUUAAUGCUUGCAACGACUGUCUGAGGUAGACAAUAUUGUUAAUUCCGUUCAGGACCCCGGCUACAUAAUC